CCUAAAUAAAUAUGGUUCCCAAGAGCAUGUUUUGUAAAGAGUUUCUCAGGCUUCCAAUCCAGUACAAGAGUGACUUAACAGGACUCCAGUCCACCACUAUGAAGAAAAGUUGUGUUCUGUUCCUCUUGGGUUUCACCUUCCUGGUUCUGAUUGGAGUUCAAGGAACUCCAAUAAUGAGGAAUGGACGCUGUUCUUGCAUCAGCAGCACCCAAGGGAAGAUCCACCUACAAUCCUUAAAAGACCUUAAACAGUUUUCCCCAAGCCCUUCCUGUGGGAAGACUGAAAUCAUUGCCACAAAGAAGGAUGGGACUCAAAUAUGUCUAAAUCCGGAUUCAACCAAGGUGAAAGAAUUGGUAGAAAAGUGGAAAAAACAGAUUAGCCAAAAGAAAAAGCAAAAGAAAGGGAAAAAACAGCGCAAAGUCAAGAAAUCUCUCAAAAAGUCUCAACGUCCUCAUCAAAAGAAGACUGCAUAAAAACCACUUUGCCAACAAGUAUUUUCUUUGUUAGAAUCUUUUUUUUACAAAAACUCAGAAAUAAUUACAAAAGCAGAUGCCAUCUAAUACAGAUUUGUUAAUUUGACUAGCAAAUAUUAAGUGUUAUGAAAUUGUAACUGAAGUUAUAAAGUUGAUUUAAAAACCUGAGUGUUAAGAAUUGAUGGAUGUCAUAUUUUUGUUUGUCUUUCCACCCCCACCCAUCUGAAUUUCAUCAUGCUCAAGAACAUGCUUUUAGGAAUGCCUGCAUCUGGACAGAUGACCACACCACCACAUCCCACACACAACAGCUGCCUGGGAGAGUGGCCCAAGGCAUCCUGAGUCACAGACUGCAACCCCUGGGGAGUGUUGGGAGGCACAUUAUUAAUCAGUAAGACCCAAGACUGUCAGUGUGCUGGUGAGCCAAGCAGCUUGGAAUUGAGCUGGACCCUGCCAAGCUGCCAUGGCCAUGGGCAUCUAUGUGCCAGUCAGCCUGCAGGCCUCACACCCAAUGCGUCUGGGAGAUCCCUGCCCGCUGUCGCUGGGGAUCCACCACUGGAGAUCACCAGUGCUUGGCCUUUAGAGUCUUCUUUCUGGCUUCUGUGGCCAUGUGACUCCAUCUUUCCUGCUCAGAUGACCACAUCAUCCCCUCUGGUUCCCCUCUGCUUCAGUCAAUGCAGCUCUUUACAUCUGCCACAGUUCAGUGCCCACCUCUCCUCCACUGUGCGCCUCACACGCUCGUCCAUGGCACUCAUGCACCCCCUCUGCUCCUUCCUCAUCUUUCCCCCAACAUCCCCCGACACACACUCACCCUCGCUCCAUUCACUUUCCCAGGCUCAGUUUUUCAAGUCUUGCCUCUUCAAUAAGGCACUCUGAUUUCAUUUGCAUCCAGGACCACACAGCGAGCACUUAAUUAUAACCUAAAUAAUUUGUAUUUGUUUAUUCUUUCUUUCCAACUAGAUUUUCAGUUCCUAGAAGGCCAGAACUGUAGUUUUUUUUUUUUCUCCUGAAUUAGCCACCAUGCCUCAUAGACUAUGGGACUAGGUCGUGAAUAACUUCUUAACUGGAGUUGUUACAGGUAGGAGGGCAAUUAGAGCAUCUUCUCAGAGCAGGUGCUGGCUACUUCCGGCCACUCCUUCUCGUCUAACCCCUGGGAACCUCUUUUCUUCAUUAUCUUCAGGCCAUUGUCAUUGCAGGGACCAGGGCAUGAUGUAAUCUCCUUGUCUUAUUAUGACAGGAUGUUGAGUUGGCUUCUACACCAAAUAAGAAGCACGUGUUCAGAGCACUGGGAUGCUGUGGAUUGAUUUCAUAAACUAUACAGGACAUCUAGAAUCACAGAAUCUUCCAGGAAAGGGGACGAUAGAGAUCAGCCAGUGUCCAAUCUCUCCCCAUCCAGUUCAAACAUUCCUUCAAUAUCUAACAAGGUGGCCACGAAGACCUUUUUGAAAACUCAUUUUAGACAACAGUUGAUCAUGUUGCAGACUUUUCAAAGUAUUGUGGUCAUGAAAUAGCACACCAGCUUCCAUGAGUGUAGGGAACUGAGGAUUCCAAGAGCUGGUGAAACCAGCAUGUUCUGUUAGCAGGGGCGUGGUGGAAGUCCUGGCAGGCUCCGGGGCUUGGGAACUUCCCUAGCGUGGAAGCUGAGUGAAGUGCACAGCAGAGGAUGUCCUAGGCUCACUUCCCUGGCUACUGUCACUCCUGCUGCAGGUGAUCGUCCCAAACACCUUUAAUCAUAAAACUACUUAGCUCCUACUGUGUGACUCCUCUGAAAGACCAAAUGUUCCACAAUUUGAGAGUCUGUGAUCCAGUUACCUGGCAUCUCACAAGUAAAGUGGACACUAUUACUACUAACCAAACACCAUUAUGUAUCUAUGACAGAUAGACACUAAUCGUUUGUCAUUUAUAAGUACAUUUAUAUUCUAUUAACCAAUAGUUUUAAAAUCCAAGGCAGUACUGGCACAUAUACUUUGUACUUUGGUAUAUUUUCUUUGUUAAAAGAUGGUGAUAUCAAUAAAAAGGUCAUGAAUGAGAA